AUGCAGGACUCAUUGCUCCCAUUCUCCAGCUGUGAAAGACUGAGACAGAGUGAACGUUCAGAGCUGGGCUCCGAGUUCUCCACCCAGAGCCCAGUCAAGCACUCCAGCGACCCACUGCCCGGCCUCCCCUCCCAUCACAAACUCCCCUGCUGUUCCCAGACCCUCGUGCUAGGGCCCCUGGCAGAGCACACAGCCGCUCUGAAAGGCCCGGUGGAGUUGGCACUGGUGCUGAGGCCAGGAGCGGCAGGGGACCUGUUGGGACUGGCUGGGGUUAUAGGUGCCCUGCUCAUGCCCCAGGUGUCCAGGUUCCAGAGCAUCUGGCACCAUCUACGAAGGAGCCGCACAGAGGCUGCGCUGGUCUUUGAACAAGAGUUAAAGCCUCUGAUGCAGGCUCUGGAUGGACGUACAGUACCCUGCAACCCAGGAGAGGUGGCCUUGCCACAUGCGGCACCGGCGGUGUGGCUGCUGGAGGGUGAGGAAACCUCUGGGCAGCUGCUGCGCACCCUGCUUGGGGCCCGACAGGUGGCCCGCGAUGCACCCCUGGUCUGCCGGGCAGCUGCCCAGUGCUCGCAAGGAGCCACACCCCCAGAGCACCUGACUCUGCCUGCAGGAUUCAGACCUAACCUAGGACUGUGGGAGGCACUGACCAACUUCCUGUGCAGCCUCCUGUGGGGAGCCCAGGCCGCCAGAGCUGACGGCCUACGUAAGUCUCAUCACAUCCCGAGCAUCCUGUCCCAACAACUAGAAGCUCACGGCUGAGAGCCCAUCCCCCACCCCUUUCAUAUUUGAGGGACUCCCAAGGAGGCUGCCCCCAGCUAUUCAAGAGGCUAUAAAAUGAACUUGGUAUCCAACACUCAUCAUGCCAGCACUUUGGAAACGCAGAUGGGAAAAUCAUCUUUAUAAAUAAAGGCAUCUUAUAUAUAGGUCUGGUAUCAAAGUUCAAAUCUGACUCUACCUCUUGAAUGCUGUGUGACUCCCAGCAAACCACCUGACCUC